UUACUUCAAUAAGGCAUCACUGUUCAGGAAUAUAAACAGAUGUCAGAUAUGGAGAGUGAUCAAUUAAUCAAGAAAGGCAAGCCCUUUUUUCUGCUGGGACCUCCAAUAAUGUUACUUAUGUUUGCACAAGCACUAGCAGGCAAUAUAAUGACAGAUUUAUUAGUGUCCCGUACCUGUCAAAUUUCAUUGAAUAUCAAUCACACCUUCUGUCUCAUACUUGAUACCAACUCUAGUAGCGACGAAGCACGGGAAUUGGAAACAAAAGUUGAGCCUUAUGCAAGUGUGAUUAUGAUGGCGAAGUCCUUACUUGAAAGUAUAAUGCCUGCAAUAAUAUCUUUGUUUGUGGGCCCCUGGAGUGAUCGAGGUGGCAGAAGACCUCUCCUAUUGGCAGGUUUUGCUGGUUUUACAACCAUGUUUGUCAUGCUCUCCUUCAUAUGCAACUGGAAUAUCAGUCCCUGGUACUUGCUGAUUCCUUCAAUCCCAGGAUUUGGCAUGGGUGGAUUUUGUACUGUUAUAUUAGCUUCAAUUUGCCAUAUUUCUGAUACAACAGUAGAAAAAGAUAGAACGAUGCUUUUGGCACAGUUGCAAGCAUCUCUAAUAUUUGGCCUACUGCUGGGUGUAUUUAUUGGGCCAUUCAUUUUUAAGUAUUGUGGAUACACCACUGUCUUUAGCACAGCAGCAAUUUGCUCUUUACUUGCACUACUUUACACUUAUUUUUUCAUUCAAGAGACAGUCAAAGAUGCCUCCAAGGAAUCCAUGCGUGGAAUAUUCAAAAUCUCUUCAGUAAAAGGCAUUUUCAAGAGCUGUCUAGUUAAGCGAGCUGGGUGUCAUCGUGGUGUAAUCUGGCUUGCAAUUUUCACACUCACAGUAAGUGUCAUGGUAGUAGAAGGACAUGCUACUAUAGGCUUUUUAUUUGCGAGAGAACGGCUAGCUUGGAAUGUUCAGCAGUACGGUUAUUAUGGUGGCGUGGAACUUUUGUUAAGCGUCAUUGGAGUGUUAUCCGGAGUUACAUUAUUCAGCAAUGUAUUAGGUCUUCCAGAUACACUGGUAGUUGGCAUAGCUCUCGUAUCGAAUAUGUCUGGGUCGUUGACGAAGGCUUUCACAGAAGAAGCCUGGCAAUUUUACUUAUCCGCAGGUAUUGGAAUGUUUGCCGGAGUUGCGGGUCCAGUUGUUCGAUCAAUUCUAUCAAAAUCUAUACCACCGGAUGAUGUUGGUAAAGUAUUCGCACUGACUGCAUCUAUGGAGACAGUGAGUCCACUGGUUGGAGCACCGCUAUACACACUGAUGUAUUCAAAUUAUUUACCCCCAAUUUUUCCACUGCCUGUAUAUUUGGUAUCGGUAGGUUUCUUAGGCUCCUUAGUUUUUGCUAUCCUGGGUAUCGAAAUCUUGAUUCGGAAAUCUCAGAAUAUAUCGCACACAAUAUUGCUUGAAGAAGAGUAAUGGCUAAUAGUCCUACUUUUCUGACAUUCAACAAUGUAACAUGUCUUAUCAGCUGGUACAUUAGUUGAUAUCGUGGUUUAGCGUCAAACAACGAUAAGAAAUUAUAUAAAAAUACCCACUAUUCCGGAGAUAUUAAUUCAAUUUUGGUAAAUUUAAUUAAAAAUUCUACCAAUAUUUUCAAAAUGUGGUAUAAAAGCUAAUAACAAAUCACGCAAUGCAAUAACCUACGGAUCAGAGGAUUUAAUUACAGUGAUUGACCAAUGAGCGUAUAUGUGCUCAUGGUACUCAUUAAUAAUAUAAUACCCAGAAUGGGUAUGGUGCUUACUUGUACAAACUUUACUGAACCCUUAGAAAUGUACAAUAUGCCUAUAGUGAUCGGAACAAUUUCGAACAAGUCUCACAACAUAUGAGACAUAAAACCUAAAAAGAAAAAUCAGUGUCUUGAUGUAAAAAUAUUAUUCAACUGACAAUAAGGUCUCUGGCUUUUUGGAAUAUUUUUUCAUCAGGUUUUAGAGUAAAUAAGUCUAAAGUAGAGCUUAAAACGAAAGAUUUCUCAAGUAAGACUGUGAAGGCACCACCAACUUUAUAAAUUAUAAGAUAUUAUAUUAGAAUUUAAGGAUUGAGAUUUAUAUUUUUACAACUUCAUCAACUUUUUAGCGAAAUAUAUAUGUAUAUAAAUUA